CCAAAAACUGCUAAAAUCACAAUCACCCUUUAUACAAUUACUAAAUACCAAAAUCCAUGGCUGGAGAGGUGUCGGAAGUCCGGUCUGCGCCGCUCUCACCGGUGAUAUCGGCGCCCCCGUCCCUGAUACAGUCACCGAUGGUGGGGCGGUCGCCGGCGAGAGUGACACCGAGAGCGAGCCCGAUCCGGAAAGCAGUGGCGAGCAUGAAAGGGUAUUUGGAGGAAGUUGGGCACAUCACGAAGCUGGACCCGCAGGACGCUUGGCUUCCGAUCACCGAGUCCAGGAACGGCAACGCCUACUACGCCGCUUUUCACAAUCUCUGCUCCGGAAUCGGAUUUCAAGCUCUGGUUCUUCCUGUGGCCUUCAUCUUCCUCGGCUGGACAUGGGGGAUCAUAUGUUUAUCCUCUGCAUUCAUCUGGCAACUCUACACUCUCUGGCUACUAAUUCAACUUCACGAAUCAGUUCCCGGAAUUCGUUACUGCAGAUACCUUCAGCUAGCAAAUGAUGCAUUUGGAAAAAGGCUAGGAACGCUGUUAGCUUAUCUUCCCAUAAUGUACCUCUCGGCCGGCAUUUCCUCUGCCAUAAUCGGCGUUGGCGGUGGGAGUAUGAAGCUUUUCUUCAACAUCGUUAGCGGCUCGACGGACCAGUCGAAUCCCCUAAGUACUGUGGAAUGGUACCUGGUCUUCACCUGCUUGGCUGUGAUACUGUCGCAGCUUCCCAACCUUAACUCCAUUGCUGGUGUAUCGCUUGUUGGAGCCGUUACUGCUGUUUCUUACUGUACCAUUAUUUGGGUUGUGUCGGUUGGUCGGGGAAGGCUGGCCGGGAUUUCUUAUGCUCAUGUGCGUGAGGGCUCCAUCAUGGAUAGAACGCUUGAUGUUAUCAAUGCUCUCGGCCUCAUCGCCUUUGCCUUCAGAGGUCAUAAUCUCGUGUUAGAAAUACAGGCGACCAUGCCAUCCACUCUGAAGCACCCUUCACGCAUUCCUAUGUGGCGGGGAGUGAAGGCUGCCUAUCUCCUCGUCGCAUGCUGCAUGUAUCCCAUGGCAAUCGGCGGCUUCUGGUCAUAUGGCAACCAGAUACCAUCAAGCGGGAUCCUACAAGCCCUCUACCAAUUCCACAGCCGCGACACUUCUAAGGUGGUGCUCGGCCUGACCGCCCUACUCGUCGUCAUCAACUGCCUCAGCUCCUUCCAGAUCUACGCAAUGCCGGUGUUCGACAACAUGGAGGCAGGAUACACGAGCAAGAAGAACAAGCGCUGUCCGCGAUGGCUACGAUCCGGCUUCCGAACGAUGUUCGGAGCUAUAGGGUUUCUGAUUUCCGUGGCGUUUCCAUUCCUGUCGGAUCUGGCUGGGCUCAUGGGAGGGAUCUCGUUGCCGAUCACUUUGGCUUACCCGUGUUUCAUGUGGAUUAUUGUCAGGAAACCGAACAGGUAUAGUGCGAAUUGGUAUAUUAAUUGGGCAUUAGGAGUUUUGGGAAUGGGGCUAAGUGUUGUGCUGGUUGUUGGAGGAUUGUGGAGGCUGAUUGAUUCGGGAAUCAAGUUUCGCUUCUUCAAGCCUCAGUGAUUGUGUGUCGGAAAGAUUGUACUGUUUAGAGAUGAACAAUUUUUUAUUUUUUUUUUAUAUAUGGGUGCUGAUAAGUUCAAAACUUAUAAAUUGAUUGUAUGCAUGUAAAGAUAUAUGAAGAUGUAGUUUAGUGGUUCAUCGUCA